AUGGACUUUUUCAAGAAGAAAGGCCCUCUGAUGAAUUAUCACAUUUUCCGCUCGCCGCAUUUGGCCAACAAGUAUUGCGUCACGGAGGAGGUGGCUGGUAUGAUUGCCAAAACGCCGCUGGGAUAUGGGAACGAUGAGGAAGAUCAGCCGCAUGAUAUCUCGUCCGGGGCUCCUAGUUGGUUGGUCAUCGAUUAUUUUGAUUGGUACCUGAGUACCCCUGGGACACAAUGGCUUACGGAUUUAGAAUAA